AUGAACGCAAAACACGCUCGAUCGCCCGUGAUCAAGGUCGUCGCCGGCGAGAACGAAGUCUUCGGAGACGACGACCCAGCCGUGCCGCUCAACGUCUUCUACGUCAGCAAGUCCCUCCUCAUCGAAAACUCGACCUACUUCAACAUCAUCCUCGACUCGGCUCCCGGGCGCGCCGUGGUCUUCCUCCCCGAACACGACUUCCUCGUCGUCGCGGACUGGUUGGACCUGCUCUUCCAUGAUCGUCUCGACCUGCUGCAAAAGGACACGCUUUCGUUCGACACCACAGAGAAGUACCUCGUCUUUGCGGACCUCGUAGGAUCCGAGAAGCUCAAGAACGUGGUGGUGGAUACCGUGCAGGCCAACGUCGCGCAGUACAGUAUCUACACGCUCCGCGACUUGCAGGACAACCAUCCGUCGCUUACCGUGUGCUUCGACAUCAUUCUGGAACACUUGGCGUAUGUUGUCGUCACGGAGGGGUGGGCACAGUUCAUGAACCAAACACACAGCCAGACGGAGACAGGAUCAGAUCAGGAUCACGGAAGCGGCAGAUCCGCUUGGAAUGACUUCAUCGCCGACAAGGACAACCUGGCGAUUGUCAACAAGUUGUUGCUGAAGGUCGAUGCUCUCAACGGCGAGAAAGCCCAGAAUACGCUCGUCUCCCCUGCGGAGCGGGAGGAUUGCAAGUGGCAUGAGCAUCUGAGUGAGGAGACCAAGGCAAAUUGUCCAAGAAGGGGUGGGAAAAAGCAGGAAUGCACGUGA